ACUUGCGUACCUACCUACUGUAUCAGUUUGUUUAUUUCUUCUUGUUGGGCGUCCGCUUAGUGUGUUAGGUGUCCGAAAACUUACGGGCAGAGACAAGUUUUAAGUGUUCCCAUAAUACGCAACUAAGUGUGUAUAUCAACUUAAAGCUGGCAUUUCUCCAGCUGCUACUGCUGCUCAAAUACUUUUUCAGUAGGAAGUGAGGACUUUUCGAUUUAGUUUCUCCCAGCCUCGUCUCGUGGUGUGUUGUUUAAUGAUAAUGAUAUAAAAGUUGUUGUUGUGGCUCCCAGCUAUCUGCGCGUAUAUGGCAAAAUCGCAAACAAAAAAAACGCGGAAUCUAAUCUUGAACCCCGUAGUAGCUUGUCUUGGCCAUCGUUUCGUAUCGUUUCGUUCGGAAGAGCGAGUGACCAGUUAAUCUUGCGGUCUUUAUGGCCGCAAUGUUGUGCUGUUUCUUAUGCCUAGUCCGAGGAGUAAAUAGUUGAUGGAGGCUAUACCUGCGAGAUGCUGAAGACGAUGGUGAUGCCGCUCUUGUUGAUUGCAGUUGAGUAUCGCCAUCUAGCCCGUUGUUGUUGGUUUGCUCGUUGAUAGCCGCCUCCCUUACUUGGUUUAGUUUGUGCCAGUGAUUAUUGACCUUGGUUACGAUGUCGACCUUUUUCACCACCAACCGGCACGGUUACAGCGUGCGCUUCUCCCCCUUCAACCCGGACCAGUUCGUGGUGGCAUCGAGUCAGUUCUACGGGCUGGCUGGCGGCGGAACCCUGUACUUCCUGGAACUGUCCCCAGAUGGUAGCGGAGCCAUCGUCGAACGGAGAACCCACCACUGGACCGACGGGCUGUUCGAUGUGACUUGGUCCGAAUCGAACCAGGAGAUUGUCGUGUCCGGUUCCGGUGACGGGAGUGUCCAGCUGUGGAACACUCAGCUGAGUGCCAACAACGGGCCACCGCAGAUGGUGUACCGGGAGCACAAGAAGGAAAUCUACAGCGUCGAUUGGAGCAAGGUUCCUUUCGAGCAGUUGUUCAUUUCGGCCAGUUGGGACAGUACGGUGAAAAUUUGGGAUCCAAUCCGGAACCAUUCGUUGACGACCUAUAUCGGGCACACCCAGCUGGUUUACAAUGCGGUGUUCGCAGCGCACAUCCCGAACACUUUUGCGUCGGUCUCUGGCGAUGGAAUGCUCAAGAUUUGGGACAUUCUUUGCUACGAUCUACCGAUUGCCAGCAUUAAGGCGCAUGAUGGCGAGGUACUCACCGUGGAUUGGUGCAAACAUGAUUCAAAUGUGCUCGCAACCGGAGCCUCGGAUGGAUUGAUCCGUGUUUGGGACUUGCGCAACUUUGGCAUUCCGCUGGCGGAACUCAAGGGCAACGAAUUUGCCGUACGAAAGGUGCAAUUCUCACCGCACAACCACUCGGUACUGGCCAGUGUUGGCUACGAUUUCACCACAAGAAUCUGGGACUUCAAGAAGAGCAACGAAGCGAUCGAAACGAUCAAACAUCAUUCGGAAUUCACCUAUGGGUUGGAUUGGAACCGGAGACGUCCGAACCAGCUGGCCGAUUGCGGUUGGGAUUCGUUGGUUCACGUAUUCAAACCGGAUUGCCUUGCGGACAAAUUUUAAUUUGCUCAAAAUAAGGCAAACAAAAAUCAACAAAUUGUGAAUAAAUCUAUUCUCACAAGUCAGAUGAUGAGUUAAAAACAAACACAAAACAGAACAAAACCUACAAAAAAAAAAAACAAACAGCAGCAAAAAGUGGCAAACCAAAUUGUGAUUUAGGAAAUAAGUAGUCUAAAACAUUUAAAAAAAGAAAUCAUUCGGAUAUAAACGAUUUUAGGCAAAACCAAAUACUAACAGAUGCUACAAAUUUUGGAAGAAUUUGUAUGGACCCUUUAACAAUAAAUGGUUUUUAUCGGAUUAUGUAAAGAAAAUAAUGGAAUCGAAAACCUAUCGAUGUUUGGUGUAGAUAAAAAAGAGAUGCAAUGAAACAAACACAACCCUACAUAUAUAACUUGACCUAAUUCAGUGUUUCCAUCAGCGGAUGGAAACGAAGGAUUUCUCAACGAACCAAAACAAAAACCAUACAGAAGCAUUAUGGGCAGAUACCCAUUUGUAAUCGAGUCAUAUUAUUUAUGUUUUCUUCCUGUUAUUAGCACAAUAGUUUAUAUUAAACUGUAAAAUUGUUUCCCCCUGUAAGUUAUGAUUAAUUUUAUUUCCUAAGAAUUUCGAGGGAUUUUAGUUUGUGGGUUGGGAUAUGAGAUAGCAUGGUUCAAAAAUUUAAACUGUGUAAGAAUUUCGGAUCAUGUACUUUAUCAAAAAUAAAAAAAAAAUUGUUGGUUUAUUUUCGUUGG